ACCUGUCGCCCGACGCCAAUAUCCUCUUUGUUUCUGAGUCCGUCGUCGAUAUUCUAGGGUACCAGCCGCAAGCUGUACAAGGCAAAUCAUGCUUCGAUUACUUCCACCCGGACGAGGUCCCAUUCGCCCGCUCCGUACACAGCAGGGGCGUCCUUCUCGACAAAGCCGCAGUUUUACACUACGCCCGGAUUAUGUCGAGUAGUGGCCAAUGGGUAAGCUGCGAGUGUUGCUUUACGAUAGUUCACGAUGUUUUGGUGGCUUGCACAAGUAUCUAUAGACGUGGUGAAAGAAGCAAGAGUAUGUUCCAGAUGCCUUAUCACGUCGUAGAUCAGGUCGUGCUAGCUACUAACGGUCACCCAGGACGAGCGAUUGAAGCACCCCAUAUCCGGCGAAUAUUCUCAUCGUCGCCGAGAGACCCCCGGUAUCAUAUGCUUGAGCACCUAUCGCCUAAAUUCAAGAUGCAACCUAUGGAGAGGGAGCCACGUGCCGCUCUCAUACUCAACAGGUUUACUAGGACUUUGACGGUGAUGUUCGCAACUAACGCCGUUUCUUCGAUUCUUGGCGUGAGACCGGAUCAAAUUAAGGAUAAAAGCUUCUACGAAUGCAUUGCAGAGAACUGCCUAGCAGAUGCCAUUAAGUGCUUAGAAAGCGCCAAGGCCAACGACUCUAUUGCUUAUCUUCGAUUUUGGUAUCGUGAUCCCCGAAGGGAGGAAGAUUUUGAAGAAGAGGACGACGAAGACGAUGAAGACGAUGAAGAGGACGACGAAGAUAUAGAGAAUGGGCAUCAUGAUGAACUAUCUAAGGAUAACGAUGAGAAGUUAGAUGGCCACGUUCAUGCUGAAAACGCUAUGGACGUUGACUUCGACGAAAGUUACGGCAUUAAGAUAAAAACCGAGGCUGGCGUUAGCCCAGAGCUCUCCAAAGCUGACAUUCUCGCUAAUGGAGAACCUCGGGCCUUUACACGGUCAUAUCAAACGUCAGGAGUAGCCUGCCACCAGAUUCCCAAUUCAGCUAUGCGGGCAAAUAGGCGACGGAGGAGGAACCGAAACCCCAUUCCUACGUUUGAACUCGAAGCCGUUGUGUCAUGCACCUCGGACGGUCUCGUGGUUGUGCUGAGAAAAGCUCGACCACCAAUCCCUUCUCUCCAUCCGCCUUUACUUCCUAUCGAUUUUGAGAAUGGUCUCUUUGCCGCGCCUUGGAGCGAGCAACCUAUUCGUCCUUAUUACCCCCCAGAACAUUUCUACACGUUCCGGCCGCCCCUUCUGCCACAAUAUAUGCCUCUACGGGAACAUGUAAAGGCAGCGGGAGGGCCGCCAGUUGAACAGCUUAUGAAGUCGAUCCGAGACGUGGCCGUAUUUGCAUGGGCGCUCGUAGGCAUCAACGGGAAUUACGCAGCGUACAGCCGCGGAGUACCAAGGGAGAGCUCGCAGCCUCAUGACGAAUUACCAACAUCGGAUUCCAAAGCACCAACGUCGUCGCAUAUUGGGUUUGAAUCACAAUCAUCCCAACAAUCGCAACAUUGGGGAGGUCGUUCUCCGCCUGAAUGUCGUCUGAUCGAAUCAAAUAUGCCCUCGGACGGAGGUUACGCGUCCGGCUUUAAUGCCGAGGUAUCACAGGGAGGUUACGGUUCUACUUCAACAGAGUAUAACAAUAGGAGUCCUGGUUACUCAAGCAUACCGGCGUGGCCGCACCCAAGGUCGUACACGCCUGCGACCGAAUCCUGGCACCCAUAUGCUCAAACACAGCAACCAUCUCUGCCUCCAUCGUCUGGGUUCAACCAGCACUCGGCAGAACCAUGGGCAGAAGCGUCGGCUUCGUAUUCUAGGCAGCAUGCCAAUAAUCAGGCAAUACACACAACACAGGCGCACGGAUUUAGAGAUAACUCACGAGAUUACAGAAACAUAUGGUCAUAGAGUCAAAGACCUAGAGUAUUUAUUUUAAACUUUUGUGUAUUAAUGAAGCGGUUACCACUAGCAGAGGUCUGGUUCUUGGGCCCGGCUAAGGCGUUCUGGAAUAAUCAUCAAGAGGCAUGAGCUAGGGUGGCGCAUAUUUAGUAGGUCAUCAUAUUAUGCGACACCUGGUUUACAUGAGAGACGGUAUCUGCAUACGGGGCAAUAUGGAGGGAGAUAUUACUACAAAGGGGGCUUUCACUUAUAGUACAGAGAUGCAGGCUCUUUAAGCGAAGAGCGAACAACAGGCGCAGAAAAUUUUUGAGAUACCCGCGCUGGAUGGAUAUGUUGUCGCAUAUAAUUGGCAAAUAAUAAUGCAAUAUUUGUUGAAAUUAG